AUGUCCGCGCGAUCGCGCUGCUUGGCGUGGCUGGCGCAAGUCGAACACUCUCACGGUAACCCAUCCUCCCAUCAGACGCCGCUCUUCGAACCCGAAACGGAGCGUGAGCUCUCGCCGCACGACAGCGCUUGGCUAUCAGACGAGAACCGGCCGUUGGCACGUAAGAGAAAGCGGGCUACCGAGUUCGUGGACACUUCACGGGGAUUCCCCGCCCAGCAACGCACAGCGCAGCUCGAAGGCAUGGCGCAGCUGCAUCCAGAAGACAACGACUCGACACCGACGCAGGCGAAGAGACGCAAGCGAAGAAUGGGCGAUGAUGCGAUAUCCGACAGUGGAACAGGCGCAACGCAGGAAGAGGCGUCCUCGCAGAGGAGCACAAGCCCGGUGAAGCAGAUCAACAGGCUGUAUUCACUCGAGACACCCGUCGUCGAUGCAAUGUUCUCGGACGAGCUAAUCGAAACUCUGCCACCGGAUAUGCGCGAUCUGUUUGCUGAGCUGGAAAGGUGUCAGAGACUGCGGACCACUGUGCCUGCGCAAUUCAAACCCAUUCUCCGUGAGGCACACCCCAUGCGAAGCAUCUGGAGAGAAGAGAAUAUUUGGAAGGAAGACAACACCUCGGAGACCCCCACACUCGAUGAGAUGAUAUCUGUUGCCAGGGAAGCCAGCGAGUUGGCUAUGUACAACGAAUUGGAAGCCAGUUGGAACUCACAAUGCCAUGGUCCGCUUCUUGUACUUGCCCGCAGAUUGUGUCGCCACCGCGACCACAUUCGCGUUGCCAACAUCACCAGCGCCAGACCGCAUCGUCGCCUGAUACCCUCCGUUCCAGCAGGCGGCAAAAUGGUCGAUUUCGGGAUACUGCUCAGACCCCAGGACGGCGAUGCAUUGUCUCGAGCGUACACGACCUGCAUUCUCCCAGAAGACGAUGGCGUCUGCCAUUUCAAUCACUCUUCCUCGCAACAGAUUGCGCGCAACCCGUUGGCCAUCAGCAUCGAGACCAAACGUGCAGAUACAGGGGGAGACUCUGCGAAGCUGCAAUUGCGCCUCUGGGCCGCAACACAAAUGAAGUGGCUUGCAGAGGUUCGUCGCAUUUCUGUCGUGAUGGCACCCCAUAAGGUCUUUCUUCCGCUCUUGGUUGCUAUUGGAAGUCGAUGGCACUGGUUCUUUGCUGCAGGCGAGUUCGAUGCGCAGACGGGAGCGCUGCAGCGCACUGUGGUCUACGAACAGCAAUUUAUCGGGGAUGUUGGGAAACUGGAGGGUGCAUUUGCUGUUUUGGAGGCGCUUAUCGCACUUAUGGAUUGGAUGCAGAACUCCUGGAGACCUUGGUUGGAAACGUGGCUCGGUGUUGGGCGACACUAA